AUGGGAUACUCGUCUAAACAGCAAGGCAAUGGCAAUGCUGCCAAAGACUCUAGUUAUUAUAGUAAUAGAGCAAUGUAUAAAAAGGCUGAUGAUUCUGAUGAAAGUGACGAUGACAGCGAUUUGGAGGUUAUCUUUGACGACGAUGAUCUAGCUACUGUAUCAUCAUCAACACAACAACAACAACAAACCUCAAAGAUAGAUGUAGAUGAAGAUGAUGAAUGGGUCAAAAUUAGACAUGGUUGGCUCAUCAACAUAAAUCCAAGUUCGACACGCGACAAAGAAACUGGAGUUGACAAAGCAUCUUUGGAAUUGGUUUUCAUUCAAGAUGAUGCAACAGCAUUUAGAGAAUGGAUCAUUUAUAAUCCAUACUUUUAUAUCUUUGUUAAAGAAGGACAUCAAUCUGAAGUUGAAUCAUAUCUAAAGAGAAAGUAUGAAAAUAAGAUUGCAGGUAUUGAAGCUUGUGAAAAAGAAGAUUUGGAUUUGGAAAAUCAUUUAUCUGGAAUUAAAAAAGUAUAUUUAAAGAUUAGAUUCUUUAAUGUUCAAACAUUGAUGGAGAUUAGAAACGAGUUGAUACCAAUUAUUAAAAAGAAUAAGAUUAGAGUGUCGACGACCGAGGCCUACGAAGACCCAUACUCCAAGUACAAUAGUAUAUCGUCCAUGUCGGGUACGAGCAGUCAUAAUAGCAAGAAACAACAUCACCAGCUAAAAUCGGCAACCGAGUAUAUUAUGGAUAUGCGUGAGAGCGAUGUUACCUACUACCAACGUGGCGCCAUCGACUUGGAGAUCCGUGUCGGUCUGUGGUAUGAAAUCACCAAAGAGUCGCCAACUAUGCCCACGACGGUACGAGUGUUGCACGAACGUGUCGACCGUCCCGACCCACGUGUUUUGGCGUUUGAUAUCGAGACGACGCAUUUGCCACUCAAGUUUUCAAACGCCGAGUAUGACGAGAUUAUGAUGAUCUCGUAUAUGGUCGAUCGCCAGGGUUUCCUCAUCACCAACAGGUCGAUUGUGAGUGCCGAUGUUGGUGACUUUGAGUACACACCCAAACCAGAGUACGAGGGUCCGUUCCAGGUGUUUAACGAGCCGAAUGAACGUGACUUGCUGGUCAAGUUCUUUUCGCAUGUGCGUCAGAUCCGUCCACACAUCUUUGUGACAUACAAUGGUGACAGUUUCGAUUGGCCGUUUAUCGAAGCACGUGCACUCGUCCACGGACUGGACAUGUUCCGCGAGAUUGGCGUGCGCAACAAGCAAGACGAGUACCGCGGUCGUACAGCCGUCCACAUGGACGCCUUUUACUGGGUCAAGCGUGACUCGUACCUCCCCCACGGCUCACAUCGUCUCAAAGAGGUUAUCCGAAAGAAACUGCGUUACAACCCAGUCGAGAUUGACGCCGAAGAGAUGAUCACGGCGGCACGCGACGACCCCGAGACACUUGCCAACUACUCUGUCUCUGACACGGUCGGUACCUACUACUUGUACAUGACCUAUGUCCAUCCAUUCAUCUUUUCGCUCUGUAACAUCAUCCCCUACAACCCCGAAGAUGUGCUCCGUAAAGGGUCCGGCUCGCUAUGUGAGGCACUGCUCAUGACUGAAGCAUUCCGUGUCAAUGUCAUCUACCCCAACAAACAUAUCGAAGACAAUCGCAAGUUUUACAAAGGUCAUUUACUAGAGACUGAGACCUAUGUCGGUGGUCACGUCGAAUGUCUUGAAUGUGGUAUUUUCCGAUACGACGUUCCAACUCAAUUCAAUCUCGAUGUCAACGCACUCAACGAACACAUUAAAAACAUUGACCGUAUUCUCAACCAAGCCAUGAAGGAAGCUGAACUCACCGACAAGAAUGAUAUUGUCAAUUAUGAAUCCAUUCGUCAAGAUAUUCUCGAUCGUCUCACUCAUCUCCGAAACGAACCUAAUUCAAUGAGUAAUCCACUCAUCUACCAUCUUGAUGUAUCUGCCAUGUAUCCAAAUAUUAUCCUAACCAAUCGUCUUCAACCUACCAGUAUGGUAAGUGAAGAAUAUUGUGCCACCUGUGUUUAUAACAAACCUGAAAGUAAUUGUCAAAGAACAUUAAAUUGGCAAUGGAGAGGAGAUUAUAUUCCAGCAACAUCAAGUGAAUAUAAAUUAAUUUUACAACAAUUGGAAUAUGAGAAUCAUGUUUUCAAUGGUGAACAAAAAUCAUUUAAUGAUUUACCAAAUGAAGAACAAAAUAUAUUAUUAAAAAAGAGAUUAAAAGAAUAUUCAAGAAAAGUAUAUAAAAAAAAUCAUAUAGUUUCAAGUGAAAUUAGAUCAGAUACAGUUUGUAUGAGAGAGAAUUCAUUCUAUGUAGAUACUGUUAAAUUAUUUAGAGAUCGUCGGUAUGAAUACAAGGCGUUGCAUAGUGAAUGGAAAAAUAAUUUGGAUCAAUCUCAAAAGGGUGCAAGUGGUAGUCACGACUACCAGAAAUGUGUUGGUAUGGUGGUCAUGUACGAAUCGAUGCAACUUGCUCACAAGUGUAUUCUCAAUUCUUUCUAUGGUUACGUAAUGAGAAAGGGUUCGAGAUGGUAUUCAAUGGAGAUGGCCGGUAUCGUAACACACACUGGUUCAAACAUUAUCAAGAAUGCUCGUGAAUCUGUCGAACAAUUGGGUAGACCUCUUGAAUUGGAUACCGAUGGUAUUUGGUGUAUCUUGCCAGAACGAUUCCCAGAAGAGUUUGCUUUCAAAACCAAAGGAGGUAAAACUAAAAAGUUUAAUUUCCUCAACGUUCUUUUGAAUGACAAGGUUGCCGAAUCUUUUACCAAUCAUCAAUACCAAGAAUAUGACCCCAUCACAAAAACCUAUACCAUUCGUAAUGAAUGUAGUAUUCAAUUUGAAUCUGAUGGUCCUUAUGGUUGUAUGUUUAUUCCUACUGGUAAAGAAAAAGAUGUAAAGUUAAAAAAGAGAUAUGUAGUAUUUAACAAACAAGGAGGAAUUUGUGAACUUAAAGGUUUUGAAGUUAAAAGAAGAGGAGAGUUGGAAUUAAUUAAAUCAUUCCAAACAGAGUUGUUCCAAUAUUUCAUGAAGGGUGAUAGUUUGGAAUCAUGUUACAAUGCUAUUGCAACCACUGCUAAUCGUUGGCUUGAUCUAUUGGACAGUCAUGCCGAUGGAUACGAAGAAGACGAGUUGAUUAGAUUAAUUACAGAGAGUAGCAAGAUGAGUAGAAAACUCACAGAAUACGAAGGUCAAAAGAGUAGUGCCAUUGGUACUGCUCGUAAAAUGUGUGAAUUCCUUGGUGAUGAAAUUGUUAAAGAUGCUGGUUUAUUUACAAGUUAUAUUAUUUCUUGUAAACCACAUGGAGCACCAGUAACAGAAAGAACAAUUCCAGUUGAAAUCUUUAAAACUGAUGAAGAUAAAAGAGCGUUUUUCCUCAAGAAAUGGACUAAUGGGUAUAGUCAACUAAAGGAUAUUAUCGAUUGGGACUAUUAUCGUCAACGUCUAAGUGGUGUCAUUCAAAAGAUGAUUACCAUUCCUGCUGCACUCCAAAAUGUUUCCAACCCUGUUCCACGUGUUAUCCAUCCCGACUGGAUUUUAAAGGAACUAAAAAAACAGACAGAGUUGCGUAAACAAACAUCCAUCACAUCUUUCUUUUCUGCACAGAAACCAGGAGAGGCGGAUACUGGUGCUGCAGCAGGAGAGGUGGAUAUGGAAUCGAUGUUUGACAAGAGAUUCGCACAUCUUCCAAAGCCAGUCUUUACCAAGCACAAAAAGAGAGCAAAGAUUCAAGUCAUUGAUUCAGAUGAUGAAGAUCAUCAACCAAAGGAUAAGGAUGAUGAUGACAAUGAUGAUGAUGAUGAUGAUGAAGAGGACGAGCAAGUUCAAUUGAAAUCAAAGAAAAAGAUAAAGCAACAAUCCAUUACAGACUUUUUCAAAAAGGGUGAUUCUACGGUUGACGCGACCUCUGCUGCCGCAAGACCAACCAUUUCAAAGGCACCAAAGAUGGAAGAUAAUUUCAGUGGAUGGUUAUCUUGUAAAAAGAAAGAGUGGAGAAAGUUAAGAGAACGAAUCAAAGCAAAGAAGUUGGGUCGAUUUACAGGCGAAGAAAACCGUGUUGGACACUUGGCACAACAAUUCUCUACGCAAAACGAAGCAGUCAAGAAGGGAUUGUGGCAAGUCAUUUCGAUUGAACCGAGUGGAGCAGUUGGCGUGUUUAUCUUUUGGUCUUUGAUUGGAGACAUGAUUGUUCCAAUCAAGGUGCAGGUCAACAGAGUGUUUUACAUCAACAGCUUUAGUGAGGAACCACCUCUUGAAGGCGCCAAAAAGGUGUUGGUAGCACCACCACGUUCCAAAGAGAGAUUGUAUCUGACACGUAAUUCCAUGUCUGAAGAAGACUAUAUCACACAGUCUAGAUCGAUCAGCAACAUCUUUACAGACCCCGACACAGAGGGUGUCUAUGAGACCAAGGUGGAACUCGAUCAACGUGCCAUCAUCCAAGUUGGUUGUGUCGCUGCAAUGGUGCGAGCUGACCUCAAGACUGUCCACAACAACAACACCAAGUAUCAACUCGAAGAUAUCCAAAAUCGACCAGACAAGCAACAAAGCUAUUUGGCUCAACAAAACUUCCACACCAUCUAUGUCUAUGCCAACGCCAAAAAGGAUGGUAAAGAUGGUGUCUAUGCUAUAUUCUACUCGCACAAUCAUACUGCCACCAUCAUCUAUGCCAACCCGUACACUAGCCACAAUAUCAGUGACAAGCUACUCAACUCACUCUCUGAAAAACAUCCAAACGUUAAAUUCUCAUUAGAGAUUGGAAAGUCGAUUGAUGGGGCCAAGAAAUUGGUCAAUGCACAGCUGCAAGUUUAUAUUGGUGCUCGUAGAGGUGCUACCAUUGUUAUUACCCAGUGCUCAGAGUUUAUGAAACGCGACAUUCCAGCAUUGCGAGAGUUCCCCAAGGUGGCCAUGCCAUACCACGACCAAGACUCCAACUACUCGCCAUUCAAUUGGGAGGUGCAUUGCAUCAAGCCAAUUGCCACGAGAUACGAAGAGGUUGAUAAAUGGUGGAUGCAUUAUGUCGGUAUGGCCCGUUACUCCAACAUUCCAAUUGGCAAUCUUGUAGGUGGCGACUAUGCCCAAAUGGUCACUGACACCGAGUUUUCGAGACUGUUGACCGACUCGAGUCACCUACUCUGGAUGUCCUACUCCAACUCUCCCGACCUUGGAGGAACUGAAGAAGACGAUGCUAAAUUCCACGAGGAACUACCCAAGAUUGAAAUCAAUCAACCCGACUCUUACAGCACCGUUUGCUUUGAACUCGAUCUUGCCAAUCUGGCAGUCAACACUAUCCUCGAGUCUGCUCAUCUUGCCGACAUUGAAGGUAUCAUUGGAGGUGAACUAAAUAAUGGUGACCCAACUAUAUUCACCCAAGCAUCACAACUGCAACACCAGCAGCAGCAACAACAGCAAACACCAACACAGGCCCCGUCAAGACUCAACAACAAACAAAUGACACAUCUCAACAGCUGUGACAAGGAAUUUAACAUUCUUAGAAAGUUAGUGACCAAGUGGUCAUUGGAUCUCGUCAUGGGCAACAAACGUGCUCACCAAUACCCAUCCAUCCUAUUGACCCACUUUUACAGAUGGAUUAGUUCACCCUACUCUGGACUCUACGAUCCCAUCCUACAUCGUACACUCCACGGUCUCAUGAAAAAGGUGUUCCUUCAAUUGGUGUUUGAAUUCAAGAAACUAGGUGCUAAAAUCAUCUAUGGCAACUUUAACAAAUUAAUCAUUUGUACUCAAAAACAAACGGUCGAAGAUGCAAAGGCCUACUGCCAAUACAUUCUAGCUGUCAUCAAAAAGAAAGAACUCUUUUCUUGGUUAAACAUCAAACCAGUUAAAUGUUGGCACAAUCUUUUAUGGAUGGAUAGCAGUAACUAUUCUGGUGUAUCAGUUGAAGAAGAAAAGGAUCAAGAACAAGAAGAGGAAGAAGAAGAAUUAGAAGGUUCCACAGAGAAAAGAAGAAAUCACUCCCCCGACACUAUUGACGGUAAAUUGGAAUCACAUUGGAAUAUUUCAGAUUUCCUACCACAGUCACUCCAAACCUCUUUCUUGCUUGUCAUCUCUGAUUACAUUCGUAAACUUCAUAUUUAUUCUCAAACUAUUGACAAGGAAAUGGAAAGAAUGGUUUCUUCAUCUGAUAAAAAGGAAAAGGAAAAGGAAAAGGAUCAAACCAAUCAAGAUGAUCAUAAUAAUAAUAAUGGCACAAUUGAUGUUGAUCAACCAUCAUCAUCAUCUCAACAAAAAGAACCAUCAAAGAAUCCAUCACAAGAUCAAUGGAAUGAAAUUGAAAAAGAGAAAUUCCAACCAUUCAAAUGGGAAAAGGUUGUCGAUUGUAAUAGAAUCUUCCAAAUGGUUCAAAGUCUAAGAGUAUCGGAUCACAGUGAUGCUAUACAUCUUUUCCCAAGCUUGCCAGGCAGUCAUUUGAGUAUGACCAAUCCAUCACUCGAGUUUGUCAAGUUUGUAUGUCACACUCUGUCACUCGAUCGUUCACUCUACUCUAAUGUCCAAAGACUCCGUAAAAACUUGAUGAAGAUGAUCAAUAUCAGAGAAUUCUCUGAUGAAGCCAAAUUCAAUGAUCCUUGUCUCUCGUUUGUCAUGCCAGAUGUCAUCUGUCCAACCUGUUACAAUUGCCGUGAUUUGGAUCUUUUACGUGAAGAUCAUUCUUCUACCGACGGUACCAGCAAGCUUGCAUGUUCAGCUUGUCACAAUCCAUACAAUAGAUCACUUAUCGAAAGUGUCCUCGUCGAGACUGUCCAACGUCGUAGUCUUUCUUAUCAUUUACAAGAUUUCAAGUGCCAGAAAUGUGGUCAAAUCAAAGCUGACAAUCUUUCCGAAAUAUGUGCUACCUGCUCUGGUCAAUGGCAAUGUCGUCUAAAUAGUUCUGAUUUUAAUAGAGAUUUAACAAUCUUUAAAAAUAUAGCAAAAUACUAUCAAUUUGAAUGGUUAUUGGAAAUUGUACAAGAUCUAACUAAUUUACAUUAA